AGAAAGUAAAGUUACCAUGCACAAUUCACGUUCAGCAUGUUUUUUGUAAGACACUAUUCAAAGUACUUUAAGUUCAAAUGCAAACAAAAUUUUAAACGGCUUUUUUAAGAACUCAAGUCUUUGUUGAACAACAGGAAAUAAACCUGCACAUAAACCAAGCUUAGAUUUUGAACCAAUUAGGGACCUGUGGUAUUUCAAAUAUCAUAAACCAAACAAAAUCAAAUAAUCAGGAUUUUAAAACAUCAAAGCAUAGAUGUACAAAGAAUCUUUAAUUUCUAUGGAUUUGUAUGACUUACUAUAUAAGCAAGCAGAAACAAAUGGCAAUUGACAUGGCAUCAGUUUCGUUAUCAUGAUACAACUAGUAUGACAGAACAUUUGAAAUAAAGACAAAAACAAGAUGCAUGGCACAUGACUUAAAUGCAAUUGUACAUGUACAUAUCAUCAUCUUGGGACAUAUUAAUAUAAAAUGAAUGGAAGAAAAGCUGAACAAUAUCUCAGAAAAGUAAUAUGGAUGUUCUAAAUGAUGGCGACACAGAUACUGAUGACCCUAAGGCCAAGGCCAAUCAAAUGAUUCAUUAAUAUGAAUGUUACGAAAAAGACAUAAUGAGAUGACCGAAGCUCUUCUGUCAAAAAACAUCCACAGCAUAUAUGCUAAAAGAUUUUAAUCUUGUAUCUACAACUAUGGAAAGCCAUGAAAGGACUGAAAACAAGAUAGACGACACAUUUUAUAGAAAGCUAUUUUUAGAGAUUGGCACACAAAUUGGAGACCACUUUACUGACAUUGGAAUUCAUCUUGAUUUCACGGAUGAUGAGCUGAAAAAUAUUCAGGAAACGCGGAAAUCAGCCAGACUAUGGGGAUAUGACCUGCUAACAGCGUGGAAGAAAAGGCAAUCACCUGGUGCACCACUGGUAGAUAUUCUAUGUGAGGUUUUGAGGGAAGCAAACAGACUAGAUCUUGCUGGGAAAGUGAAGGAGUAUAAGUCCAAAUUAGCAUGUGGCCCAAAAGAAGCUGGGAAACGAUGUUACAAGGUUGCAUUUGACAACGAGACUAAAAUUGAAGAAAUCGAUGAUAUUAAAAUAGUGAUAGCAACUCCUGAAAAUUUCAAAGGGUCUAUACAUUUUCAUCUGGGAAAGUCUUACAAGGAGAUUCAUGAUGUAGAAGAAUCACAGCUACAGAACAGUGAAGGCAAUCAUGAAAAUGAGCUUGAAAAUAAGAUAUAUGCAGCGAUGAAAUCAGACCCAAAAUUAAAACGAGAAAUCGAAGAACUAUUGGCACAACGUGAUGUGAAAUUAUUAGACACCAAAAGAAGUUCAAUAGUAUUCGAAUUGAAGGUUAUUGACCAACAAAGAGCAGUGAAAUUGAUAGAAGAUUUUCACAGUGGAGAUUUAAUUAUGGAGCUUGUAACAGUGCUAAUUCCAGAAGAUGUUAGAAUGGAGUUUUUUGGAUCUUAUAUUGAAGUUACUCUAACAAUAGAUGACGAGCUAGUUCAAGAAUGCUUGUCUCAGGAUAAAGGAUGUUUAGAGGUACUUAAUCAACAUAGUUCCACUAGCUCUCCAACAGGCCAUGAAGUAGGAGAGGAAUCUACAGAAGAGACAAGUUCUAAAAGCCAAAUGAGCCAAGGAAAUGCACCAAAUAAUAUGAGUGCCUCAAGUCCAUUGAGUAAUAAAUCAAAUUAUGAAAAAUCACCCAGGGAACUCAGUGAUGAGAGUGUUCAAAGCCCACUGAGUUCAGUACCCCCUGAAAAAUUACUCAGUCUUAGUAGGUUGAGUUUUGAGAGCCCAUUAAGUCAUAAAAAACAAUCAAGUGUACUUAGUGAUGAGAGUGUUCAGAGCCCAAUGAGUUAUGAAAAAACACCAAGUGCACUAAAGAGUGUUCAGAAGCCAUUAAGUUAUAAAAAACAAUCAAGUGUACUUAGUGAUGAGAGUGUUCAGAGCCCAAUGAGUUAUGAAAAAACACCAAGUG